GUAUACCGUUGUAUUGCUAUACAUUAUUGAUUACAGUCCCCAUCACUAUCUAUAUGCUUUAUACAACGCGAACAGACAUUCCGCCUAACUAUCACCAUAUCACAGCGUUAUAUGGUGUUGUUUGUUCAAUUUUAAUAAUUUACUAUUCUGCAAGUGAAUCAGUUGAAAUAUUGCGAGUAAUUGGUAUUGUGACCAAUAGAAGUAACUCAUUUCUCGGAUGCACUUUACAAGCUUGGGGAAACAGUAUUGGUGAUUUGGUAUCAACUAUAGCUUUGGCACGUCAUGGGUAUCCGAGAAUGGGCUAUGCUGCUUGCUUCGGUGGUCCAUUUUUCAAUUCUAUUUCUUCAUUUGGUGGGGUUUUCAUAUAUGAAACAUUUCGCUCUGAAACCCCUAUUUUUUAAUAACAACGAUAAGAAUCGUUCAUUUUCUGAAUCGGAUUUAACAGAUCCAUAUAGACUCACCAGUCGGCUUGGCAUCAAAUAUCUAUAUGAGUAUAUUUCCAUAGACGAUCUAAAUAUUUUCAGAAGAAAGAAGUAUCCCCCAGGCUUCCACACCAAAAGCUUUAUACACCCGAAAACAAUUGAUGAAUCAGGGCUUCCAUUUAACUCCCUUGAAUCCGAAUACAGUUGUCAAUUUAAAAAGAGAUAUUUUAAUUUGAAGCCGAGUAUUUUAAGACGAUCUACAUCUUUACAUUUAGAAGGAUUGAUGCAAAAGAAAUCUGAACACCAAGAGCAAUUCCAACCAUAUACGUUUGAGGACUACAAACUGUCCCGUGGCAGUCUUAUUAAGAAGGCAGAAAAUUUAUAUAUGAGCGGUAUUAUCAACAUGGAACCAGAAUAUCGUUCAUCUUAUAUUUCUUAUCCCAUGGUUAACCGCACCUCAAAAAUUUUACCUCGAGAAGCGUUUCGUCUCUUUUCUGACCCUACGGAUAAGAACCCUCACCCAAAAGAGGGCAAGAAUACUAUAAGUAAGAAGCUUAUAGCUGAUAAAAUUACUAGUGAAAACAGCCUACAACAAAUUUGUGUUGAAACGAAAUAUAACACAGCCCCAUCUGAAUAUAAGCAACAGUUCGUACGAUUUCCUAUUGAAAAGGCGUGCUCAAUUCCACAAAUAAGUCACCUGAAAAUACAAGGUGAAUUUGGUGGUGUGCCCGAAUAUAAAGACAGUUUUAAAACCUACGAAACCUAUUUAAAGAGCGCACCCAUUAAAAAAGGCGAUAAUUUGCGAAUGCCUGGUGCUCAAGAAGUUGAUGUCGAAACAAAUGCGAUUUUAAAAUUUACGGAGCAUCGCGCGAAAUUAAAAGAUCCCACCGAAUUUGCAUCAAACGAAAAAUUACUAAAAGUCAAUAAUCAUAUAAAUCUAUGUGGUCAAUUCUCAAAAGAUCUACCAGAAUAUUAUGAAAGCUUCCGCGAUCCUCAGAUCAAACAUAUGCCUGAGCGUAGCAAAUGCCGUGAACCAUAUUUACGACUUAAAGGUAAAAUAGAAUUUAAUCCUGAAUAUAGAAAUACUUUUUUGGAUUUUCCUCGUUCACGCCCCGUUAUUCGAAAACCAGCUUCCACAUUGCGCUUGUCAAACGCGCCAAAUACAUCAAAAGGGGCAAUUACGAAAAAUAUCAAACAGUCACUACGUCCAAAAUUGGAGUCAUGUUCAACAAAUGUACACCCAAAGCAUGAAAACCAGCCCUCAGAUAUCAUCAUAACACCAGAAUAUCGUCGUGCCAAUUAUCAGUAUCAGAUGCGUGAACGGACGCCAGUUAGGAAUCUAAACGAGAAAAAAGGUGGCGAUUUUGAAGUGGGCCGUGAAUCUAAAACCAAAUUUGUAUCGAUUGUGACAGACCGAAAAAACUCUUUUCUUUCGACGAAAAUGGCUGGUAAGCAGAAGCGACGUAUUUUGUCUAAUCGAUUAAAACCCUCUGAGCAUCAACAAGGAACAGGUUCGGAAAAAGAGGUACCUUGUGCAACGAAAAAUGCCCCAAAAUAUGGUAGACGUGCUUCCGUACUUCCUAAUUCAUCGGUAUUCGAGUCCUCUGUUUCCAAUCAGGCAACUAGCGACAACCCCUUUGUGGUGUUGAAUGAACCUUAUAAGCAGUCUCCCUGGACGAAAAAGUCGUGGUAUGAAUCAUAAACAUUAUUCAAUAACAACAACUUUUAUGAAAUACAUAUGUGUAAUUUUUUUGUUUUCAUAAAAAUACAAAAUUCUUUGUUAUGGAGAAAAGAUUCAAUUAAAUAAUUUAUGGAUUCACAAAAAAUCUGUAUAUAAUAUAUUAUUAUUGUACACACACAUAAUAUGAAGAGGUAAGAGGUAUCGGUUGCUUAUGCUUCUGUUUUGGCAGUCACGUUUCAAUAAUGCAUUUAAUAUUUGUAAAAGUUAUUAUUUCCUCUCUGGUAAUACUUACUUUUAGGAUUUACAUACAUAUACAUAUGUAUGUGUAGUGAAGAGGUUCAUGUUAUUAUGUUCAAUGAAAUUAUUUAGUAAUUAUUAAUUUCAAAAAAUGUAUAUUUAUAUGUACAGCUGCGAACAUGAAAAUAGCAGUAAUUAUGGCAGUUUUGUAUAAAUAUAUUCAGCAACUUUAAAAAUAUAAGUGUUUACUUUAAAAUGUUCUGAUAAAUCAGUAAAACUUAUCUAAAUCUCAAAAUGUUAGUAAAAUAUGGGAAAUAAAGGCAAACUUCAGCUG